AUGGGUGCUAGUUGCAAGGACCAGAAAAAGGCGUUGGCAAUAUGUCUUCAGCGGCUGCCAUGCGUGUUGAUCCAACGGAAUACCCCCAAGGAGUGCUUGACCAACCCUGAGCUCAAGAAGGAGUUGCCUGAGCUUUGUGUGGCCUACUUCCGUGAUUUCAUGGAGUGCAAGAACGGGAUGUUUGACAUGAGAAAGAGAAUGAGAGGUAACGCCCCGAUUCUGACGGGGAAGUAUGAUGAGACUUACGACAACUUGAGUCUGGGUAACUUUGAUGCCCACGAAGAGAUGAAGAAGUUGGAGGUGUUGAACCGCAACUUGUCGAAGCAGCGGCAGCUUCAAGAGGAGGCGGAACGGGCGCGUCUUCAGGGUCGCUAG